CGGCUGCGGGACGCUGCCGCAGGCAGGGAGCGAGGUGGUGACCGCCCGGGGAUCGGUGCACAGCAGCCCAGGUGUCAGGGCGGUGCAUGGUUCAGGGGAAGGGGCAGGCUUGGACUGUGGGAGCAGAGCCAGUGUCAAGCAAAAUCCCUCUGCAGGAAGAAGCGAUUUGCUCCGUCCCUUCACAGAAAGAAAUGCUGAAUUAUCCAGCGACAUGAGACCCCCCAGCUUUAGAAAACACCUCUUGGGCUCUGAGUCACAAGAAUAAAAGUGAAAAAGAAAAAAGCUGCUAAACAACUACAGGAAAAUGGGAGCCAUUACUCCAGUGUGACCAGUGUUUCCGAGUGACCAGCUAAGAUCCCUGUGGGAGGAAGGAAAAGAGCAACAUGGAUGGGCUCCUAGAACAGACCAGUGUGUUAAUGCACAGUAAAAUCGCUGAAGCUGGGAAAAAGAAUGGCUUAAUUAACACCAGGAACUUAAUGGCGGAGAACAGAGAUGGCUUGGUCUCUGUGUACCCAGCCCCACAGUACCAGAGCCACAUCGUGGGGAAUCUCGCUGCUCAAAGCAGGAAUGACCCAGUGCAGCAGCUGCUGGACCCCAAUACGCUCCAACAGACUGUGGAGUCCCACUACCGCCCCAACAUCAUCCUCUACUCGGAGAACAUGCUGCGCUCCUGGGGGGAGAGUGUGAGUGCCGAGUGCUGCGAGACCACCUUCAUUGAGGACCGCUCCCCCACCAAGGACAGCCUGGAGUACCCUGACAGCAAGUUCAUUGACCUCUCCAGUGACGACAUCAAGAUCCACACCCUCUCCUAUGACGUGGAGGAAGACGAGGAUUUCCAGGAGCUGGAGAGGCAAGUCUGGGAAUUCUCCAUCCAGAAACUAGCUUUGAUGUUUGAAAUGCAUGUUUGCAAGGUGCCAGCUCCCAUGUGCAGUAGAGCUUUGAGGUUCCUAGCAUUGGUAUGGAAGCAAUUAACCAUUUCUUCUCUCCACAUCCUUUGCCAGCCUUGGAGCGACUACUCGAGUGACACAGAGAGUGAAGACAAUUUCCUCAUGAUGCCCCCAAGGGAUCAUCUCGGCCUCAGCGUAUUCUCCAUGCUCUGCUGCUUUUGGCCGCUGGGAAUUGCUGCCUUUUAUUUGUCACACGAGACGAACAAAGCAGUGGCCAAGGGAGACUUCCACCAAGCAAGUUCCAGCUCCCGGCGAGCACUUUUCUUGGCCGUGCUGUCAAUCACGAUUGGAACCGGCAUCUAUGUGGGGGUUGCCGUGGCGCUGAUUGCUUACCUGUCCAAGAACAACCACUUGUGAGGCUCAGGAGAGAGGAAGAGCCACCUGUGCAGCUCUCGGCAGUGCAGAAAACCACAGCAGCUCGCACGCCCAUGAGACACGCAUGCUGGUGCUGGAUACUGGAAAGACAGGAAAGUGGGUUGAUGGUUUAUGGUGCACACAUCCUGCAUCUUUUCAUCCUCCAACUCUUCUGUGUUUUACGCAAUACAGUGCUCCUACUGGUGAACUAGAACUUUGCCCCCGCCGCUGGUUUGCCCCGGCUUGCUAGUUAAUACGUUCGUCUGCACUGCACUGAUUCUUAGAGGAGCGAUUCCUGAAACGGAAGGUAGGACGCGUUUGCUGAAGGGUGAGCUAGAGGCCUCAGCAUAGAGUGUUGCCUAAUCUUCUUGCAUUCAGUAGGCUACCGUAAGAGGAAAAAAGAGAAAAUGAUUUUCCUUUCCUGCUCUUGGUUCAUUUUAAAAUGAAACAGCUAAGCACGAACACGCUCAGGGCACGGAAUGUGACGUUAGUCUAGCAUGGGAUCUGCUGUAAAAUUAAUCCUUCAUGGCAGUCAUGCUGCGUGAGUGACGCUCCUGAGCCACGUAACACAGUCAGGCAGCCUGCGCCUCCCUCAGGGGACUAUGCAGCAGCUAAAUACGAGCAACCCUCAGCAAUGUGUCCUGGGCAAGUGAGGAACUAACAAAGGGAAGGACCACUUUGUAGCCCACCCGGGGCAGACUCGGACACAGAACAGCAAAGGAGGGCACUCAAAGUCCAACAUCCUGGCACCCCAGCUCAUUCCUAGAAAUCCUGCCCAGCUGCCCCCGCUAGAGAACUGAAGUGGUGCACUGUGAAGGAACCAAGCGUUGUCCUCAUUUCACUGGGCGCAGUAACAGGCUUAUUUGCUUUCUGACACCCCCCCCCCCACCUUUUCUUUUUCAAAUCUAGCAUUUCUUUCAAGGGAGUUGGUUGACCGGAGAGCUAUAUGUAUAUAAUAAUGCUGAAACAUUGAUCAUUGCAAAUG